GUCUCCUGCUGUGUCCCGCCGGACGUGGGCCCAGGUGCGCCCCGGCGGUGGCGAGGUUCCCGAGAGAAGCCCUGUUGGAGCUCCUGAAUCGUGGGGGAGCAUCCCCGAUAUCAAGGCCUUCCAAAAGGUUUUCCUGAAAUCCUGACCAAAUACCCUCAGAAAUACUGAAAAGUACUCUCCAGGAAAUCCGAUAGACGACGCCUGAAAUCUCCUCAGAAUCUUCUCGAAAUUCGGAGCUCUUAGAGCCUUCGAGCCUUUGUCAGCCCCUCCCAGGGAUGGAGGCAGGCUUUUAGUUUCUCCACCACCUGCAGAACAACCGGGGAGGCCCAUGGAUGUUCCAGAGGGCCAGGCAGGUGGCCCUGCUGCAAAAAUGUACCUCUGGGACCAGCUGGAGGAGGGGAGCCUGGGGACGCUGCUGAGCUUGGAGGAGCAAAUACUCAACUCUAUGUUCGAAGCUUGUGACACCCAAAGGACAGGCAUUGUGACUGUGACCCACGUGCUAGCCUACCUGGAGGCUGUGACAGGCCGUGGCCCCCAGGAUACACGCCUCCGAACACUGGCCUGCAACCUGGACCCCAAUGGGGAGGGUCCUCAGGCCACUGUGGACUUGGACACCUUCCUUGCCGUCAUGCGAGACUGGAUCGCUGCCUGUCAGUUGGAUGGGGGAUUAGAGCUGGAAGAGGAGACAGCCUGUGAGGGGGCCCUGACCUCCCAGCAACCGCCAUCUGGAUGCCCAGAAGCCGAGGAGCCAGCCAACUUGGAGAGCUUCGGAGGCGAAGACCCCAGACCUGAGAUGCCCGCCACAGCUGACCUGCUGAGCAGCCUGGAGGACCUGGAGCUCAGCAACCGCAGGCUGGCCGGGGAGAACGCCAAGCUCCAGCGCAGCGUGGAAACAGCUGAAGAGGGGGCCACACGCCUGGGUGAGGAGAUCACAGCCCUGCGCAAGCAACUUCGCAGUACCCAGCAGGCUCUGCAGUGUGCCAGGGCUGUGAAUGAGGAGCUGGAGGACCUGAAGACUCUGGCCAAGAACCUGGAGGAACAGAAUCGCAGGCUCCUGGCCCAGGCCCGGCAGACGGAAAAAGAGCAGCAGCAUCUGGUGGCCGAGAUGGAGACUCUGCAGGAGGAGAACGGGAAGCUGCUGGCUGAACGGGAUGGAGUCAAAAGGAGGAGCGAGGAGCUGGCCACAGAGAAGGAGGCUUUGAAGUGGCAGCUCUGUGAGUGUGAACGCCUCAUUUGCCAACGAGAUGCUGUCCUCUCUGAGCCCUGCCUCAGCAUCUUUGCGGGGCUGGGCCCAGUCUCAGGGGGCUUUGGACUUCUCCAGCGCACUCACCACGCCGAGGGUCUGGUCAAGACGUUGGAGGAGUACAGAACAACCACCCAGGAACUGAGGCUGGAAAUCUCACACCUGGAGGAGAAGCUGAGUCAGACCCAGGAGGGGCGAGACGAGCUAUCAGAAGGGGCCCAAGUGAGAAGAGUGGGCUGGACCAGGCUGCUGCCCCCAUCGCUGGGUGUAGAGAUUGAGGCCAUUCAGCAGAAAGGACUUCUCCUCUCCCAGAAACAAGAAGUGGCAGCCGCUGCUCUCUCAAGCCCUCUGUGUGGAGUGUGGCAGUGGGAGGAGGUUGCCAUUGAGACUGAUGAGGAAGCUGAGUUUCCCUCUAAAGCCCCAACUGGGGCACAGAGAAACUUCCAAGGAGAGCCAGUACACCCUCAUGGAGGAAGACAGGAGCAAUCAAUGUGGUUGCCCAGAAGCGAGAAUGAGGAGGAAGUAGAGCCCCAGACCACGACUCUGCUUCAGCCCUGUGAGGAGGGAACUGUCAUGGACCCUGUCCAGCAGGACAGUCUGCCCAUCCCUCUGGGGGACCCUCAUCCUGGAGACAUCCCAGGAAGCCCUCCUGAGAGCAGCCCUGCUGAACCAGAGCUGCAGCAAGCCCUGGUGCCUGUGGUAAAAGAGCUGGUCCCAGUCAGGAGGCCUGUCUGGGGCCAGGUCUACGGCCAACUCUGCCUGCCCACCAUGUACCACCAGCCGCUCAGGUGCACCCCAGAACGUCUCCAGAAGGAGAGUGGCAGUCACACGGUGGGGCUCUACACCACCAGCACCCCUUGCACCUUGCGAAGCACUGGACUGCCUCCCACCAGGGUCCCUCGGCACCCGCUGAUUCCGGUACCCAUCCUGGGCCUGCUGCUGCUGCUCCUGCUCUCCAUCCUGCUGCUGGGCCAGUCCCCGCCCCCCACCUGGCCCCACCUCCAGCUCUGCUACCUCCAGCCCCCUCCAGUGUGAGGCGCUCAGAGCAAGGCCUAGGCAGAGAAUUCCUCGCGGCUCUUCCUACUGUUAUUACCAUUGUUGUGCCACCGUGACCUGGGAGGACCCGGGUCCGGAACCCUAGAUACAGUGCUCCAGGACACACACCCCUGUAUUGGGUUUUUAUGUGAAGUCUUUUGGUUUUUUUUAACAUCAGUGACCACAAUUCUUAACAAUACCAAAACACACCCAAUAAUGGAUUAAAUGCUAGGGGCUUAUUUUCCUCCUGAAACCAGCCUGGAGGAGAAGAAUGGGCCCACAGCUCUGGGUCUCCACAGCCUGGAGGUCAAGGGAGCUGGGAUUCUUUAUCAUCCUCCUGGUCCUUCCUCUUGCUCAGGAGGUGGCAGACAUAGCUUCAUGUGUCACAUCUGCAGGAAGAAGGGGACAUGUCCCUUUGGGUUUUUUUUUUUUUCCCCCUUUGUUUAUAAAGAAAACCAGUAGCCUUCCCAGAGCCAACCACAGAGCCGUGUUUCUGUCUCAUUUGCUGGAAGUGUUUAUUGUGACCACUCUUAGCUGCAAGAGAGGCUGGGAGACAGAGCACCUCUUCCUUCUCCUGGCAGAAAGAGGGAGAGAGACAUAUGGGUCCUGCACACAUCACAGAUGUCCACUGCAGUGCAAACAGCUGGCAGGAGAUGGACCGGUGUGCCCUUUGUUCACUCAUCACUAACUGCUCAUCCAUGUGCCACAAUUAGACCUUAGAAGAUAAAGCUGUAGGGGCAUCUGGGUGGCUCAGUCUGUUAGGCAUCUGACCUCUGCUCAGGUCAUGAUCUCGAGGUCCUCGGAUGGAACCUCACUUCAGUCUCCCCACUCAGCAGGAAGUCUGUUUGUCCCUCUGCCCUUCCCCCCACUCAUGUUUGUGUGCUCUUUCAAAUAAAAUAUUUUAAA